AUGUUUCUGAAUCUGUUCGUUCUGCUACAUGCCUUUGCCAUGGCAUGUGGAACUGACUUCUCGCCUCUGUACAAGUUACAUGAAACAGUCACUAAAGGCUACAAUCCACACAUUCGACCUAUUAAAAACAUGAGACUGGCUACAAAUGUAACGGUGGACUUUACGUUGUAUUCUGUGGAGGAUGUAAAUGAGGCCAGUGAAACUUUAACCUCGUCUGGGACUUUCAACAUCACGUGGUAUGACGAGUGGUUCGUGUGGAACAUUUCAGAUCAUGCCAACAUUGAGAAAAUUUAUUUGCCACUACAUCAAGUGUGGAAGCCAGAUCUGGCUGUGUCAAAUACCGUUGAGGACUUCCGCUUUUUGUCAGAUACAGAAGGACUCGUGUCUGUCACAAAGACAGGAUUUGUCAGUUGGUCCCAGACGAUGAGACAGAUUACAAAAUGCCCCAUGGACAUGAGCAAGUUUCCCAUAGACACACAGACGUGUAGACUGAACAUUGUUCAGUGGGUUUCUGACAACAAAGAUGUGUUUGUGCAGGGUGGGUCAGUGAAGUCAGAUUACACUUCGUUUCGAAGUAAUGGAGAAUGGAUAGAAAUCGCAAAAAGUAUGAAAGCAGAAACUCUGUCCCUCGGGGAAACUUCAUGGAACAAUAUUUGGUUCACUUUUACCUUUCAGCGGAAGCCCUUACAGUUUGUGAUUACUAGCGUCCUGUCUGUGUUCCUGCUGUCGGUUCUCAAUCUUGGCGUGUUUCUUCUUCCUCCUGAAUCGGGGGAGAAGAUCUCACUGAGUAUCUCCGUGUUCCUGUCCUAUGCCCUCAUCCUGACAGAUAUCAACGAAGACUUACCCCCUUCAUUCGACUCCCUUGCUAUCUAUAAUGUCUAUCUUCUCUCAAUGUUGUUGGUUAAGGUCAUUACUGUUUGGGCCACCGUCGCCAUCUUGAAAAGGUAUCACACCGAUAUGCGCGCUCAUCAGGUGUCGUCUGCUUCAUCUCAGGGAGGGCGUGAAGGCAACAGUGUAACACCUGAUGAUAGUAAAGGAAGAUGUUAUGAAAGGAAGCUGUCAGCAGAUGCUCUGAAUAGAGUUUGUUUUUUAGCCAUCAGCUUGAUAAUGAUUGCCACAACAGCAGCUUGUUUAGCUCUCUUACUGUUUUGA